GCAUGACUGGAUUUCCACGAAUCAACAUCUGCAACGUUGCGAGCUCUCUUAUUUCCUCGAGCAUAUGGCGUUAUUUUGUUAAUUCACUAAGUUUGCGAGCAGGCUUUGACAGUAGCUGUCACUAGAGCAGCCUCUCAUCCGGGUGUCCGCAGAGCGCAGACUCAAUCCCCGCUGCAGUUAACUGCGUUUCCGUAGCCAGUUUGCUACCAGCUGAGCCCUGGGAAACAGCUCACGGAAACGAUUGAUCCCGACCGAAUAACGCCAAAGCUGGCCACAUAAAUGGUGGAUUAACGCGGCCAGCGGAGACGACUCGCUAAAUCAAUGUAUGUGCGCGCAGCUCGGGUGCUUUUGGAGAGUGCGUUGUCAACACCCUCCGUAACAUGUGAGAUUAACAGAGCAAGAUAUUAACUGUGCGUCUUUAGCCAACUAGCUAGCAGCUACCCCCCCUCUGUCCAAUUUAUGGUAGCUCGGUUGAUCCUUAUUCCCGAUUUCAGCCGUUUCGUCUGUACCGGUGGAAAAUGAAGAAGUUUAAUAUUCGGAAGGUGCUGGACGGCUUGACAGCGGUCUCCUCUUCCUCCUCCGCAACUGCACAGCCGGGUACCAGGGAAAAUGAUGUUAUCCAGGAGACUCUUCAAUCGGAGCAUUUUCAGCUUUGCAAGACUGUGCGUCAUGGCUUCCCACAUCAACCAUCCUCAAUGGCUUUUGACCCUGUGCAGAAAAUCCUGGCUGUUGGGACUCAGAGUGGAGCUUUGAGGCUCUUUGGCCGUGCGGGUGUGGAGUGCUACUGCCAGCACGAGAGCGGUGCUGCUGUCAUCCAGCUCCAGUUCCUGAUCAAUGAGGGGGCGCUGGUGAGUGCCUUAGCUGAUGACAGCAUCCACCUGUGGAACCUGAGGCAAAAGCUUCCCGCCAUCCUGCACUCUCUCAAGUUCAACAGAGAGAGGAUCACGUACUGCCACCUGCCCUUCCAGAGCAAAUGGCUUUACAUCGGCACAGAAAGAGGAAACAUCCACAUUGUCAAUGUGGAGUCCUUCACUCUCUCAGGCUACGUCAUCAUGUGGAACAAAGCCAUUGAACUAUCCACCAAGACACACCCUGGGCCCGUCGUCCACAUCAGUGAUAACCCCAUGGAUGAAGGAAAGCUUCUGAUUGGAUUCGAGUGUGGGAUAGUGGUGUUGUGGGAUUUGAAGUCCAAAAAAGCUGACUACCGCUACAAUUAUGAUGAGGCGAUCCACUCAGUAGCGUGGCACCAUGAGGGCAAACAGUUUGUCUGCAGCCACUCGGAUGGCACCCUGACCACAUGGAAUGUACGAGCCCCAGCCAAGCCUGCACAGACCAUCACACCACAUGGAAAGCAGCCUAAGGAUGGAAAGAAGCCAGAACCAUGCAAGCCUAUCCUGAAAGUGGAGUACAAAACGACAAGGGCUGGGGACCCAUUCAUGGUCCUGUCUGGAGGUCUGUCUUACGAUACGGUGGGGAGGAGAGCCUGCCUGACUGUGAUGCAUGGCAAGAGCACUGCCGUCCUGGAGAUGGACUACCCCAUUGUAGAUUUCCUAACACUUUGUGAAACUCCAUAUCCAAACGACUUCCAGGAGCCUUACGCCGUGGUGGUCCUGCUCGAGAAGGAUUUAGUUGUAAUUGACCUCGGACAGAUUGGGUACCCGAUCUUUGAGAAUCCAUAUCCUCUCACCAUCCAUGAGUCACCGGUGACCUGCUGCGAGUACUUCGCCGACUGCCCUGCUGAACUGAUUCCUGCACUUUACUCUGUCGGCAGCCGGCAGAAGAGACAAGGUUACAGCAAGAAGGAAUGGCCCAUUAGUGGGGGAAACUGGGGCCAAGGCACACAGAGCUACCCAGAGAUCAUAAUCACUGGACAUGCUGAUGGAUCAAUCAAAUUUUGGGACGCCUCUGCAUUAAUGCUCCAAGUACUGUACAAGCUGAAGACUGCCAAGGUGUUUGAGAGGGCGCGCGGCAAGGAGGAGAAGCCGAGCACAGAUAUAGUGGAGGAGGACCCGUUCGCCAUCCAGACUUUGUCCUGGUGCCCGGAGAGCAGGAUGCUCUGCGUGGCCGGAGUCUCGGCUCACGUCAUCAUCUACAGGUUCAGCAAACAGGAAGUCACCACUGAAGUCGUGCAGCUGCUGGAGGUGCGUAUGCAGUGUGAGCUGAGCGAUGUGGACUCCCCUGACCCAGGAGGGGAUCAGACCCCCACCCUGCCCACCCCAGGAGCUUCCUCCAGCCCCCAGGAGAAUGAGGCUCCGACCCAUCCCUCCACCGGCAGCAACUCCACUGACGGACCCCGGGACAACAUACCAUGCCUGCAGGUGCGGAGCUCCCCGCUGAAACAGUCCCCAGGCUACCAGGUGGAGCUGGUGAUCCAACUGGUGUGGGUGAGCGGGGAGCCACCUCAGCAGAUCACCAGCCUGGCUGUCAACUCCUCCUAUGGCCUUGUGGUGUUUGGAAACAGCAGUGGUCUAGCAGUGGUGGACUACCUCCAGAAGACUCUGCUGCUGAACAUGGGCACGACGGAGCUGUACAGCCCCUCCGACCCCUACCCGCGGCAGCCACGCUCCCCCCGCAAAGCCCGGCAGCCCUCUGCAGACAUUCCAACUGUGACGUCUUGCAUGUCCAGCCUUUCUAACUUGUAUACUGAGUCUGUGAAAAAACUGCGCUUCUCUCACUUCACGCUGUGCGAUUCCAACGAUGGAUCCAACGCCUCAGAGGACCGAUGCAAAUCACCAACUUCAGGAACUCCCUCGCCCUGCAAUUCUGAUGACGAGCCAAAGCAGCAGAAUUUCAUAGAGCGGGUGAAGUCCAAAAGCAGACGGUUUUCCAAGACGGUUGCCAAUGACUUUGCCAGGAUGUCGUGGAAAAUUAGCUCGCCUACUGAGCAAAAGACAGACAUGGAGGAGAGGGUGCGACGGCGGCGCUCUCUCCCGUCCUCGAAGCGCUUUUGUUGUAUGAGAAGGGACGUCCGUAGAUCUGUGUCAGCCCUCAACUCCAAUGCCAAGGAUAACUCAUUCAGCCGCUCGCGUAGCUCCAGUGUGACCAGCAUAGACAGAGAGUCUCGGGAGGCCAUCUCCUCCUUCCACUUCUGCGAGAGUUUCCCCAGGAAGACGGAGAACCUGCUCAGCCCCAGUCUGCUGGUGGGAACCACCCAGGGCUCCGUGCUGGUGGUGGCCCUCAGCUUGCCGCCCAGUGGAGACCAGAGGCUGCAGCAGCCUGUCAGCAUCUCCUCCUGUGGCACUCUGGUCAGACUCAAAGGAGGGGUUUUGACGAUGGCCCUGCUAGAUGCCACUGGAGCUCUGCUGCCCCCUCCCUAUGAGCCAUGGUAUGACCCCAACGCCUCAGAUGAGGAGAAGGAGAAGAGCCGGAGGCGCAGGCCAGCCUCCCCUCCUUCCUCACAAGAGGGCCAGGACAGCCAGUAUGCUGUGGUCUGCUCGGAAAAACAGGCCAAGGUGGUGGCCUUGCCCUCUCAGGCCGACAUCUACAAACACAACAUCACAGAGAGCUCCUUUGUGUUGAGGGCUGACGUCGUGCAGAUGGCUGGUGCUAGCUGCAUCGCCUGCUUCUGCGCUAACGGGCACAUCAUGACCCUGAGUUUGCCCAGUCUACGGCCACUGCUGGAUGUGAACUACCUUCCACUUACAGACAUGCGGAUAGCGAGGACAUUCUGCUUCUCCAACCUGGGCCAGGCCCUGUACCUCACCUCGCCCACCGAGAUCCAGAGGAUCACCUACAGCCAGGAGACCUGCGACAACCUGCAGGAGAUGCUCAGUGAGUUAUUUACCCCGGUGGAGACACCAGAGGCUCCAAACAGAGGUUUCUUCAAAGGCCUGUUUGGCGGAGGAGCUCAGUCUCUGGACAGGGAGGACCUCUUUGGUGAGAUGGCUGCUGGUAAGGCCUCCCGCAGCCUGGCCCAGCACAUCCCUGGCCCAGGGGGCAUGGAGGGCAUGAAGGGUGCAGCCUCGGGGGUGGUGGGAGAGCUGGCCCGCGCCCGGAUAGCCCUGGACGAGAGAGGGCAGAAGCUGGGCGAGCUGGAGGAGAGAACGGCAGCCAUGAUGGCCAGCGCAGACUCCUUCUCCAAACACGCUCAUGAUAUGAUGCUGAAGUACAAAGAUAAGAAGUGGUAUCAGCUCUGAUGGCAGCGUGUGGAGUGUGUCGGACUCUCUAAUCAUGUGCACCACCUUCUCUGAGGAGCUGCAGGUCCCUCUCCUUCUCUUCUCCAUUUCUCUCCACGGGAGGGGGGGUUCAGCCCAACAGACUGAUGCUUUUUAUUUUCCUCUCAGCACAAUAUCACACACUCUGCAUUACCUCAGUCACCGGAGGACCACUGCGGAGGAGACACCGGCCGACCCAGCAUAACAAGAACGGAAAGAAAUGGAGAAGGAGAAGCUCUUCUGAAUAUCUCUUUCCAUUUCAUCGGAGAGGGGCAGUGCUCAUUUUUCCAUCACUCCGCGGACCAGAAGAGAGGGGAGCCUUCAUAUCUAUGCGUCACACACUCAUAUAUAUCUCAUACAUAUAUAUAGAUAUAUCUACACACACUGCUGUUUUGUUCUGAAAGAGGAAAGACAGUUCUACUUCUUGUGGUGGCCUGAUUGCAGUUGUUCUUUUUCCUUCUUUCUUUCUUUUGUUUUUGCUCUUUCUGCUGUCUGUCACAACACAGUGGACUUAAAAUGAGGAGAAAAGUCUGAUGAAAGCCCUUCCUCUUCAAGUCUAGUCAAGUCAGAUGAGUUGAAGUAUCUAUAGCAAUGAUUGGAUGAAUGACUGACUUGACGUCGUUUUCCUUUCUGAAUCAUUUUGAGGCUUUGACCUCUGUCAGUCUUGUUUGUCCAUUUUUUUGUUUUGUUUUGUUUUCUUGGAAGGAUCUCUCAAGCACUUAGAACAGUAGGAAUACGAGCAGAGAGAUGAUGAAUCUUAUCGCCUCUCACCAAAUAAGGGCUGGUAGUACACUAGUUAAUCGCGGACCGUUCUUUUUACAGAAGUUUCAGAUCUUGUUAUUUUAGGUGGGACGGAAUAGAAGGCUUGUUUUCUCAGCGUUGCUUUUGUUUUAUUUUAAAUUUGCCUAUUUAUUGGAUUAAUGCAGUAGAAAGCAAGUAGAAGAAGUGUGCGUUAUGGGCAUUAACUCUCUUUUUUUGUUUUCUCUAUCAAGUCAAUGCACAGAAAUGUGCUGAUAAUGUUUACCCCUCGCUGAAAGAGUUUACAUUGAUUUAUCAGACAAAUGAAGACACUGGAAGCCCCUGGAAGUCUGAUUUUUUUUUCUGCCUUUUAAGGGGCUGCAGCUAAGUAACGUGCGAAGGAUGAUUUGUUCAUGGGUAAGACGAAAUUUGUCCUUACUAUGAUUAGAUUGCAUAAAUGUAUAUUUUGGUUACAAUUCUCAAUUAUUUGUGAUAAAGAUUCUAUCUAGAGAUGAUUUUUUUUUUUCCUUUUCAGAUUUACGUUUCAACAUUCUCUCAUAGCCGAUGUUAAUUUUGCCUCAUUUUUCGAUGUUGUAGGGAAAAAGCAUGUCUCUUGCAGCACAACGGAAAUGGUAAUGCCGUCUUUGUACUCGUAGCUGCCAGUAGAAAUGACCAAGCGCCACGCGGUGUUCAGUACAGUGCCAUUGGUCAUCUCUCUCUGAACCAUUCACUUAAAUACAAUUCUCUUCUGCCUUUGCCUAUCAUGACGCAUAUAUGCUAACCUCUACCUAUGUGUAUAUCUGUGUGUUUGUGAACAUACAUAUAUUCAGGAAUAUGUGUAUGGGCGCCAAUAUUUAUAAUACUACAUAGAUACAGUGUAUUACAAUAGGUCUUUUGAGAUUUUUUUGUUUUUGCUUGACAGUGUUUUUCAAUGUGAUUAACUAGGAUUCUAUUGUAGAUUUUUUUUAAAUGAGGUGCAAGGAUAUGCUGCUAUUUGUGUCAAUGUAGGAGCAUUAUCUAUGGGUCUUUUAUUUUGAAAAAGAGAGACGAGACUUUUGUGUCACUCCAGAUUGCUGCCAAAUGUUGUAAAUAACUGGACAGCUGGACACAAAUCUGAUAGUGCAGGUUUAGGCAACGUGAUGUACAUUAGCGGCCAUGUUCUUUUCUGACACCAAAGAGUUGCUUAAUCUCACAGAGUUGUCUUGAUUUUAUUUGUUUUUUUUUUCUCCCGAAUGGCAAGAGUCAGUCUCUGAUAACACUCUUUAAGUCCAGAAGUCUACUGUGUGUAGGGGGGUGGACCGGCUUUAGCUUCUUAUUGCAGAUUUGUCACACUCAGUACCGUCCCAUACUGCUGUACAUGUUUCUCACAAGGCAGGAAACGUGAAUUUUGAAGAGUUUCAUUCCAAAAUGACAGCUUGAAAAGUGGAAACGGUUUGCCGGCAUGAAGGAAAACUCAUGUAUCAAUAGCUAUGCUGUCUUUUCUUACAAAACAGCCACAUUUUAGAGGACUUCGCUGUCUUUACGUUGGAGAUAUUUAUGACUUCAAAUGUUUUAACCGAGAUGCUUGUGUAUCUUUUUGGAAUAAAACCCUUCAUUUUGAGUUGGCAAAAUUGAACCUCAUCCGUACUCUGCUGUAUACUACUGAGAUAAAUCCAUGUGGAGGAGCAGUCGUGUGGGUUUUGCACUAUUUUUUGUACGUAAAACAAUUUUGUUAGUAUGAUUUUUUUGUUUUGUUUUGUUUGUUUGUAAUGUUUUUUUUUCUCCCCCGUCCAAUUAUUCUUGUUUUUGAAUGGACCAAAACAUGACAGAACUUAAUGCUUAUCUAUGUCCUUUGCCAGUUAUGCUGAUUGCUUCACUCUCAGAUUUGUUUUCAAUGUCAGGUUAAUGAUCUUAUGAUAUAUUUAUAUAUUUGAGAACAGAUAUAUAUAUACUUUUAAUUUCAAUAAUCUAUUAAAAAUGAAUACCUUUAAUGUAAUUUUGAGAUAGAAUAACUCACAUUAAUGUCCAAACAAUGGUUGUGCAUAAUUAUCCAUUAUCCAAACAUAAAAAUAAACAUUUUUCUGGUAAUAUAUUGAACAUGCUCAUCUCGGAUUCAAGCUUUGCUACUGCAGGAGGGUAUUCUCCUUACGGUGGGCCGCUGAUUUUUUUUUUUUUUUUUCUACAGAGUGUGGCCUGGACAUGAAGUGCUUCAGUUUGCAACAUAUAUGUCCUAAAUGGUCUCUUAUUGCACAUUGAAGGAUGCAUGAUAUUAAGUGUUUACAAACUUGAAACAACCAUGUAUUAUCCCUCUUAGAGAUUGUCUGUUCCGGCAUUUGUAUUUACCACCAAGUUGAACAAAACUGAAGUUGUCAUCACACAUCACAAUACACACACACACACACACCGUCGCCCAUUUUCGUUUGACCAUGCCAAUCGUAAAAAGUGUGAGAGAUUAUAUUUAUUUCAUCGGAGUCAUAGUUUUCCAUUACUGUUUGCUUCAUGAAAACUCUUGAUUUCCCUGUGCUAUGGAAAAGCGUUGAAGUGGAAGCGAGGCGCGCAGUGCUGUGCAGGAGGGCUCAAGGGUUUCUCAGCCGCCAUGCGUCCAUCUAUCUGUCUUCUGGGAUGAAUAUCUGUGGAGUUGCAGUAUUUUCUCAUAGUAGACGAUUUUUGUACAGUUUUAUUAAAAUAGAUUUCACAUGGAUGUCUGACUUAAUCUGCUGCCACAAACAAUUUAGACAUGUAGAUACAGUAUAUAUAGAUAUUAUUGUGCAAUGGAAAAUAAAUGUAAAACAAAUCAU